AUGAAAUAAUUAGAAGAGAAACUUACCCAAACUCUAAUCGAAAAUAAAAAAGUAAUGAAGGAAAAUAAGAAACUUGAAUCUAAAAUUAGGUCAUUAAAUGAAUAAGUUGAAACAAUAAGUCAGAGAUGUAAAUUUUUAAUUGAUCAAUUAAAUUUGUAAAAAAUCACCAAUAAUGAACAUAAAUAAUUACUUUUAUCGUCCGAAGGAGUAGAAAUGAGUGGUUAAUUAACUCAAUUUUAAAACUUUUAAAUAUAUGAAAAGGAUAAGGUAAUUUUAGAACUUAAGAAAGAAUUAGAAUAAAAAAAUAAUGAAAUUUCAAAAUUAAAAGCUAUGGUAUCUAUCUCUAAUUUAGCAUGCAGUGGAACAUAAUAAAAAAUAUAACAAUUUGAAUUAGAAAUUGAUAAAUAGAAAUCAAGAAAAGAAACGUUAUAAAAUAGAGUUGAUGAACUCUAAUAAACAAUGGGAGCUGAGGCACAAUUUAGGAUUGAAUUAGAACAUUUGAGAGCAGAGAAUUAGAUAUAUACAUAACUUCUUGGGUUUACUCCUAGUUUAGAAAAUUAAGGAAUUUAUUAAUAUAAUCCAAACUCUGUUCAAUUAAAAAUAAUUAAAAAUAUCAAAUAUCCUAUAAAACCUCAAAAUCUAACCUUUGAUCUCUGCAAAAAUUGUAAUAGAGAAUUUUAUUAAUAUCGUCCAUGCUGCAAUCCGUUAUACAAUUUGGAUGAUAAAUUAUUGUAUGUUCCUGGAGAUGCAUUCAAUUUUGCUUAAGCUUUCAAAGAUAAAUACUUGAAAACAAAAAAUGAAUUAGAGAUUGAUGAACUUCUAGAAAUCCUAUUAUUCGAACUGAAUAAGAUUUGGCAUGAUCGAGAAAAAAAUCAUCUGUAAUUACUAGCAAAACAUUGCAAAAGAAGAAUUUAAGAAAUUUAAAGAGUUAAUUCUUAGCAACCUCUUUCUGAAAAAGAGAUGCUACAAAAUAUCAAGAGAUUGAAAUAAUAAGUAAAAGACUUGCAACAGGAGAAUAUAGAAUAUUUUAAUCAAAAGUUUGGUAAAGCACCCAUUCAUAUUUGA